GUCCUCCGUCUUCACGCUGCAGAGUCUCUGCUGCCAAUCAUGGACAGCCGGCAUCGAUGUUUUUGGUGACUGUGUUCUGGGACUAAACGAUCGGGAAUAUUUCCCCGGAAUACAGGAACGAAAAAUCUAUCAGAACACGUUACAUUCCUGUGUCAGAAAAUGGGAUUAAACCGAAGGAAUCAGAGGAGAAGCGCUGCUCUGAUCGGCUCAGUGUGAAGAGGCUUCCAACAGGCCGGCAGAGCCAGACACGACAAGAUGGCGAAAGUCGGCAGUGAAAAAUCGUUUUCGGCCAGACAGCGACUGUCCACUAACACGUCAGACGAUGAGCUCGCUGUCAUUGAAAAUGGGGACAGCAGGGCACACUCUAUUUGUGAAGGCAACUCUGAGAGAGCUCUGUCUUCAGGGCCGCACAGAGAUUCAUUUACAGGUGCUGGGGCGAUGGCCAGGUUGUCUUACUUCUUCUUCAUGCUGCGAACUUGGGCGUCUCACAGAAUGAACCCCGAAGAAGAACGGCACGACUCUUUCCUCGAGCGCUUCAGAGGCCCUGAGCUCAAAGACAUGUCCUGUCGAGAGAGUAACGCCCAGUCUGUGGGCCCUGACGACACACUCCGCAAGAGAAAUCUUGCCAGUAAGUGGCCUCUAGCUACUUACAACAUGAAUAACUGCAACAACACAGACGACAAAAAAGAGGAGAUUAAAAAAGAUGACAAAAAGGAGGAGGAGAAAAAAGACGAAAAGAAGAAUGAGGAUGAGAAGAAGGAUGGGGACAAGAAGGAAGAGGAAAAGAAGGAUGAGAAGAAGGAUGAGAAAAAAGAUGAGAAGAAAGAUGAUAAGAAAGAUGAUAAGAAAGAUGAUAAAAAGAAAGAGGAACCCCCGAAAGAAAUCUGGAUUAUGGAUCCAGCCGCAGACCAGUACUACAAAUGGCUGUCUGUCAUCGCAGGCCCAGUCUUUUAUAACCUGAUGAUGAUUGUAACAAGGGCCUGUUUUAAUGAACUACAGGACUCGUAUACAAAACUCUGGUUAGUCCUGGACUAUACCUCAGAUGCCAUCUACUAUGCUGACACAUUUGUCAGGUCAAGAACAGGUUACCUGGAACAAGGUCUGCUGGUAAAAGAGUCCAAAAAAUUGAGAGAGAAAUACAGAACAACAUCUCAGUUCAAGUAUGAUAUCAUUUCAAUGAUACCCACUGAUCUUUUGUUCCUGAAAUAUGGAUACAACAAUCCAGAGUUCAGAUUCAACCGUCUGUGCAAGAUUUCGAGGCUUUUUGAGUUCUUUGAGCGGACUGAAACCAGAACCAGCUUCCCAAACAUGUUUCGUAUCAGCAAUCUCGUACUUUAUAUCCUUGUCAUUAUCCACUGGAAUGCUUGUCUGUUCUUUGCCAUUUCAAAAACCAUUGGUUUUGGGUCGGACACUUGGGUAUACCCCAAUAUCAGCCACCCAGAGCAUGGCCGCUUGGCGAGAAAGUACAUCUACUCCCUAUACUGGUCUACACUGACCCUCACCACCAUCGGAGAGACCCCUCCACCAGUCAGAGAUGUUGAAUUCCUCUUUGUCAUUGCCGACUUCCUUACUGGUGUGUUGAUUUUUGCGAGUAUCGUCGGUAAUGUCGGUGCCAUGAUCUCCAACAUGAAUGCCUCCCGUGCUGAGUUCCAAGCAAAAAUUGAUUCCAUAAAGCAGUACAUGCAGUUUCGAAAGGUCACCAAAGACCUGGAGGCCAGGGUCAUCAAGUGGUUUGACUACCUGUGGACAGAGAAGAAGACCUGCGAUGAGAAGGAAGUUUUGAAAAACCUCCCAGACAAGCUCAAGGCAGAGAUUGCCAUCAACGUCCACUUGGAUACACUGAAGAAAGUGCGAAUUUUCCAGGAUUGUGAAGCCGGUCUGUUGAUUGAAUUGGUGCUCAAGCUGCAGCCACAAGUGUUCAGCCCUGGAGAUUACAUCUGUAAGAAGGGGGAUAUCGGCAGAGAGAUGUACAUCAUCAAGGAGGGGAAGUUAGCGGUGGUGGCCGAUGAUGGUGUCACUCAAUUUGUGGUGCUCAGUGACGGCGCAUACUUUGGGGAAAUCAGUAUCUUAGGUAUCAAGGGCAGUAAAGCUGGUAACAGAAGAACGGCCAACAUCAGAAGCGUUGGUUACUCCGAUCUCUUUGCGCUGUCCAAAGACGACUUGAUGGAAGCUCUUACUGAAUAUCCUGAGGCAAAGAAGGCUCUGGAGGAGAAGGGCAAAGCCAUCCUGAUGAAAGACAACCUGAUUGACGAGGCCAUUGCAAAUGCCGGCGCCGACCCCAAAGACAUGGAGGAGAAGAUCGUCAAACUGCAGAGCAACCUGGACACCAUGCAGGUUAAAUUCGCCCAGCUGAUGGCGGAGUUCACCUCCAACCAGACGAGGAUGAAGCAGAGAGUGACCAACAUGGAGGCCAAAGUGAAAUCCCUUCGGCCCGAGGACCUCACUGAGGUGAUGGCCGACAAGGACAAAAAAGUUCAGUAAUAUGACAGACACCCGAGAACUCUACAGGAAAAAAAAGAAUUAAACUUUUUAAAGGCCCAUGUUUAUAUCUAUUUAUACAUCAUGUUUAUUAUCAUCAUAAUGUGUCAAAUUGUGUACAGUAUAUGAAUAAUAUGUUUAUUUGUGUGUAUGCUCUGACUGACAGCUAAUUUCAUGUUGUCAUAAAACUACUUGAGUAUGUAUGUAUGCAAAAAAUGGCUUUUUCUAGCCUUAGAAUAAUGGUUAUUUUUUUCCUGAUCAGUAUUGGCAAUUUCACAGAGAAAUAUAAUACUGUCUGUGAACUAUUGAGUACAAUUCAUACACAAAAAUACAACUGUAUUUCCCAUUUGAUAAUGUAUAAGACUGUAAAUAAUAAGCUAAAAUGCCAGUCCUGUUUCUAAGUUACUGUCAGCAUACAUUAUCAGUCGUAAAUCUUCUAUGUAAAAUAAAGAUUAAAAUCUUG